AUGUCGCGAACUAACAUUUUCUGCAAUGUGUGCGGUGGACCCCUGGAACACUAUGGACUUCGAGGAACCACGUCAGUCCCUCUGGGCGAAGAGACCACCUUAGACCUGUACGACGAUGAAUGCACCUGCACACCCGCGCAUCUGGGGCCUUUCAUGACGCCUGGGAGGUUCAUAUACGGAGAACCACGUCAUUACAAAUGUGCCAUUUGGCAAGGAUACGAUGGGAUAAUCUUGCCCGAAAGACGCAUCUUCGAUGUGCGGAUGCUGUGCAUUGAGUCAGAGUCUUUACAGAAGGAAGAUGACGAGCGUGUUAGCGCUUCGGCGUAUUUCGUCACGAACGUGGGCAUUUUUGAUCGAGAAGACGGCAUUUUGAACCGCGAUAUUCGAGAACAUGCUGGGUUUCCCAUGCAUGAUGCUUGCUGGCGCAUUCUGCAACUUGUGCAGGAGACAGUCAUAUCGAGCCAUCGGGGCAUCGAUCUACGGGAGUUGUUUGUGACGUGGAAGAGGCAUUUCGAUGUCCUUUGCUUCGGCACACUGCGAUGGAGUGAUCGUGCAUAUGCGGUGGCAGAGAAACACCACAGCACGGAUAAUUGGGAACCAGUCAAAGGGGAAGAGUGGCUUGCUGCGGAUCCAUUUGAGAAGAUGGACUUCUCAUCACUCAUCACCGAAUGCCUGGGCACUGAAGAAGCAGGAAUCGACGGUCUAUUCUCACCCAUACCGGGCUAUAGCGAUCCAUUUGACUGCCUCCCUACGGAGCUACGCUAUAUGAUCCUGGAAUACCUUCCGACGGCGUCGGUCUUCAAAUUGUCCAUCGUCAGCCCGGCAUUUAAAAUCGUGGCGUUCCGUCUCCUUCCUGCGUUUUGGGAAUCAUGA